GAGUCCGGUCUGGGACCCAUUUGGUCGUACUUGUACCCCCCCAGCACAGGAUUACCGUUCCACUGCCUGUACAGGUGCUGUGACAGCUGGACUUGGUAUAAAGAUCCAACGACAUAUCCCCAUCUAAGUGUGCUGCACGAUGGUCGCAUCUCAGGGCCAGAUGUAUAGAGCUAUUCAGGAGAUCCAAUUCAGAAAUAACCGUCCCUCCAUCGACUACUCCAAACAACGGCUCGAGAAUGGCAGCGUUGUUAGCACACAGGAACGAAUCGUAAAGGACGUCGUUGCACCCGCCACGGACGUACCCACCGAUUCUCAGCUCUUCGCUUCACCAGACCGUACCAAACCCAAUCUCCCCUUUCUGAAGAACCACUUCUUCAGAGAGGGUCGGGUUAAGGAGGACCAUGCACUUUGGAUCAUCGAAAAGGCAACAGCGCUGCUCCGGGCGGAACCGAACGUCCUCGACGUCGAUGCUCCCAUCACAGUCUGUGGGGACAUCCACGGUCAAUAUUACGACCUCAUGAAACUCUUCGAGAAAGGCGGCAGCCCAGAGACGACACGAUAUCUGUUUCUGGGAGACUAUGUAGAUCGAGGGUACUUUAGCAUCGAGUGCGUGCUCUAUCUAUGGGCGCUCAAGAUACACAACCCAGGCGCAAUAUUCCUUCUCCGAGGAAACCACGAAUGCCGUCGUCUGACGGAAUACUUCACCUUCAAAACCGAAUGCAAACACAAGUACUCUGAGCGCGUGUAUGACGCUUGCAUGGAGUCGUUCUGCGCCCUCCCUCUCGCAGCAAUCAUGAACAAACAAUUUCUCUGUAUACACGGCGGACUCUCCCCCGAACUUUUUACUGUCGAUGACCUCCGAAACAUAGACCGCUUCCGUGAACCACCCACGCACGGGUUAAUGUGCGACAUCCUCUGGUCGGACCCAACCGAAGAUUUUGGGUCCGAAAAAACGACAGAAGGUUUCUUGCAUAACCAUGUCCGAGGUUGUUCGUACUUCUUUACGUAUGCUGCGACCUGUAAGUUCCUUGAACGAAACAAUUUGUUGUCGAUCGUACGUGCGCAUGAGGCUCAGGACGCUGGCUUCCGGAUGUACAGGAAAGCCCAGAACACGGGCUUCCCAGCUCUUAUUACGAUAUUCUCAGCACCGAAUUAUCUUGACGUAUACAAUAACAAGGCUGCCGUGCUGAAAUAUGAGAAUAAUACGAUGAAUAUUACUCAAUUCAAUUGCACACCCCACCCAUAUUGGCUCCCGAAUUUUAAAGACGUUUUCGAAUGGAGUUUACCAUUCGUCGGGGAGAAAAUAACGGACAUGCUUGUCGCGGUCCUCAACACUUGCACAAAGGAGGAGCUCGAAGAAGAGACUAUGACAUCGACAGCAUCUUCACCUUCCCAUUCUGAAGACAGAAGGCGCGUCAUCAAGAACAAGAUUCUUGCUGUGGGUCAUAUGGCUCGCGUGUUUUCCCUUCUUCGCGAAGAGUCAGAGAACGUUUCUGAGCUUAAAAGUAUAUCUGCAACAGGGAAGUUACCCUGCGGCACACUUGCGCUCGGUGCGGAAGGCAUCAAGAAAGCGAUCAUGAGCUUCGAAGACGCACGCCGAUCUGAUAUCGAGAACGAACGACUUCCACCGGUGCUAUUCGACAAAGUUCCGGAACGGACUUUCCUGACUCGUUCACCGCCUCUGCCCUCAUCCUCUGGUAUCUCCUCAAUUACGAACUCAAACACCCACCCACACUCGCAACCACAUUCGCAGCUACACUCGCGUCUUAACCGCUCCCCCACACCCUCUGACGAGGAACGCUCAGGAACGCCCCUCCUCGAUCGUGCAUCAUCGCCCGCAGGAAGUGCAUCUAGUAUGAGCUCUCCUCCGACACCUCCUCCGCCAUCUUUCGCAGCUGUGAAUGAGCGUCGAUCAAAGAGUCCGUCACCGAUGUCCAGGAGUGUGCAGAGUACGAUUUCGAUGAUUCAGGCAGCGUUGGAUGGGAAAAGGAGUGGUGGAAGUUAAUAUAUAACUUU